AAAAUCAGCGUUGUGUUUCGUUUCUUGAUUCACACCUCACCACACACGGUUCCCCAGACUCUGACAUAUAAACAAAGGUAGAGAACAAUGUCACUUAUUAAAAAGGAAUCUUCUGCCACAUCAUCAGUCUUAUUCCUGAAUGUUAAAGGUGAAGCCAUGCGCUUCUUUAUAAGGCCUGGUCCCACCAAAGUGCAGCUUCAGCCUUUAAUAUCGAACGGUGGAGGCGUCCUCUGUCGGACACAGGAGCCAAAUGCCAUUUUGUUAGCAGAUCCCGGUGACAUCACUGCUGCUGUAGAAAGUGCCAGCCAUUUUUACAUCUCCACUCAGUAUGUCCAUGACUGUGUGGCACAGAACCAGCAGUUAGACAUCGAAAACUACAGGUUCAGCAAUUUACGGCCCCCCCAGACGAGGGCCGCGUCACGGAAACAGAAAAGUACGCAUGGACGCAUGGGUUACUCUCUUGACGAUGACACGGCCAUCUUGAAAUACAUCGCCAAGCAUCGAAAAGAAGCAAGAGGCAACCGGAUCUGGCAGCAAAUGGAACACCAGCGUAUCACCAGUCAUAGCUGGCAGUCCAUGAAGGACCGGUUUUUGAAGCACCUGCAGCACAAGCUGGAACAGGAAUCCCCUGAGAAUAAAAAGAAAGUUUUGAAAGAGAGCUCCUGUUCUGAGGAUAAUAUCUUGCAGCCUACACCAAAGAGGACACCCAAAAAGAAAGAGGUGGUAGAUUUGUCUUCUGAUACGGAGGCCACACAAAUCAGCCAUGAGCAUGAGGGAGGAACAACAGAACAACCACCAGACCUCCAAGCUUCACCUGAAGAAAUCAGCAGUCUUCAAGAUCCUGAUGAAGUGAGGAAACCGACUGAUUGUGAUGAGUCAGUGCCUGAGAAAGCACAGCAGCCCGACAGCGAGCAGCACGAAGUCUCAACCAAAAGAGCCAGAAUGGACACGGACGCACCAACGGAGGACACAUCGUCCGGACCAAAUGAUGAGCGGUCGACUCCGAGCGAGAAGAAAAACAGUCGCAAACCCUGUGCAACAUCUGGGAGGAAACUCGGCAUACUCACGAGAGCUGCCAGAGAAUUUGAAGACUCUCAAGUGACCCAUGGAGGUCAAGAAGACCAGCCUCUGAGUCAGGCAUCAUCCAUUAAUGCCUCAGAUACAGCUGAGUCUCAGAUCAUCGCAGCGCGUGAAAGAGCUAUAAGAGGACAGGAAGUGAAUCCCGAGCAUCCUAAUGACGUAGAAGAGCCUGCAGCAGCUACCCAAAGCCAUAGCAGUGCCCUGGAGCCAGAGGACGAUGAGCCGGGUCCCAGCAGUGCCGCUCUACCCAUAACGUCCAACGCUCACAUGUUCCUCUUUCAGCAGGAGUCCCAGGAGGAGCUCAGCCAGCCCACUGAGGAAGAUCAGCUAUCCCCGAGCCUAUUAGAGACAAAGCAACACGUAGUUAGGUUGAUGCAGAAAUCUAAGAAAGACCUGGUUGAAGUCAUGAAGGCGCUGUUAAAGGCCAGCGGCAAUGUCACUCUGGCGCUGACGUAUUUGCUUGAAGGACAUGAUCCCGAAGUCCACGGCCCCAUAUGGACUCGGUACGAUGACGAAAUGCUUCUUUCAGCUGAUUCUUUCGAGUUUGAGAGGCUUCAUGAGAAAUAUGGAGCUGACAAAGUGUCCAAGAGAGCAGCUUUUCUGAAAGCAGACUUAUAGCAUUAAAAAAAGCUGUCAUUUCAGCAAACCAUCACAGCCUAAAACAUAUACUACUAUUUUUCUUUAACUAUAAUAUCCAUUUCAUCAUCUGAAUCUGUCCUGAACAAAUGUUUUUAACUCAACAUAAUGUUUUUUAAUGACUGUUUUGAAAACAGGAUAAUAAAAUAUAUUUUAGUGUUCAGAGUAUUGGCACCUUUACGGAAACCAUGGAUUAAAUUACAGUUUAUUUUCA